AUGGCUGCUCACCUUGACCUUCUCUUUCAAUACUCUUCUUCUUCAUUUCUUCCUCUUUCUCAAAUUACUCGACACGGGCUGACUCCGAACAGUUUAAGCCCUAUGCAAACGCCGGACGUUGUCGACGACGAUGACUCGUGGGAAGUCAGGGCUUUCGCUGAGGACACCGCUGAUGUCAUGGGAACUACUUGGCCUCCUAGGUCUUACACUUGCACUUUUUGUAGAAGAGAGUUCAGGUCUGCUCAAGCCCUAGGUGGUCAUAUGAAUGUUCACCGUCGCGAUCGUGCUCGGCUCCAUCAAGCCCCGUCGAACGCAAUCAAACCCUUUUCCUCCUCCUCCUCCUCUUCUUCUUCUUCUUCUUCUUUGACCUCAAAUUCUUUCAUCAUCCCGGCUCAUGAUUUUAAUGGUGGAGGGUUGUGUGUUCUCUACCCAUUCCCAAACCCUUACAACAUUCGCUCACCCUCUUCUCUUUUCUCUAUGUCCCAUCAUUCCUUCAACAACUUCAUGCCCUCUACCUCGGCCUUUCCGAUUCGUAAUCACCGUGCCGGAGCGAGUAGUUUCCCUCAAUCCUUGAGUGAUGAACAAGCCAUGGAAAGUAGCAACCAAGAGGUUGAUCUAGAGCUCAGGCUUGGACAAGCUCCUUCAACUCAAACUCUCAUGGAAAAGGGACACAAAAUCUCUAAUUUUGAAGCUGCGUGUCUGAGGAAGAGAUCAUCAGAUUGAUCAAUUUGUAAGCCAAUUUCUUUUUCUUUUUCUUUUUCUUUUUCUUUUCUUUUGGGGGGUUAAGUUUUUCCUGUUUGGGAUUGAAAUAAAAUUCAAAAAAAUAAAAAAAAAUAAAUAAAUAAAGGAGGGGAUUUUAAUUCUGGAAGAAUCUUAUUGGGAAGAAAAAGAAAAAUUAGGGUUUUGAGGUAAGGGACUGAACAAGAAAGUGUGCAGUGGAAUGUCUUUUUCUAGGUUACAGAUUUCAAGGUAAAAGUAAGCAUCCUGAGCCUACAUUUCCGUGGGGAUUAUUACUU